AUGCCAAGCGUGGCUGUGAGAAAUCAUAGCCAGUUCGUGCAGGACUACCAGCGACGGUUCUUGCACAAGCCAUCACCUGAUGCCAUUCUUGCGUAUGCAGUGGCAGCGCAUUUGGUGCAGGCUAUUGUGGAGGCUGAGAAUCCUGCAAUGGAUGCUGUGACAACAGUGCUGCAGAGAAUGGGGAGUGCCGGCAGCGUGGUGGCAGUGCAGCUUCAGGCGUCCAGUGAUGCGAAGGUCGUCUACCCUGCAGAGGUGCAGCAAGUGCCAGUACUUUUCCCAAUGCCCAGCUGGGCAGACAGGCCGUGCUGGACAACUGCCUCCAAUGGUUAUGGCUUUGGUGGAGCUGGCUGCGUGCCAUGCCCCAAUGGCACAGUAGCGCAAUACAAUCAGGCUGCUCAGCGGAGGGAAUGCAUGCCUUGCGCAGGCAGUUCACUUUGCCAAUCCGCUUGUGGGCACAGUGGCGAGGCAUGCAUUUCAUGUCCUCCUGGGAUGAGCAAUGCUACGGGGACCUGUGUUGAAUGCCCUCCAGGCCACUUCGCUUUCACCAGCGGGUUGUCUAGCUGUUCUGUGUGUCCACCAGGCUUUGUGUCCGUCCCCAGCCGCCGGGAGUGUGAAGCUUGCCCUGUGGGUCAGUACGCUCCGGAGGCUGGGCUAAAUGCAUGUCUCCAUUGCCAAGUUGGUCACGAAGCCAAUGGCACGGGCAGGAGCUUCUGCACAUCGUGCCCAGCUGGCAGGUUUAGUUUGUUUGGCAUUUGUCAGGACUGCCCACUUGGCUCAUUCCAAGCAGCAUCCGGGCAAUCGAAGUGUCACGAGGAUGGCCUUGGCCAGAGAAGCGCCACUACAGGCACCAGCAUUCCGGUCAAUGUGCCUGGCUACUAUGCAAUUUGGGCAGCUGCUGACCUGAAAAGCUUCGAGAUGGAGCGUUGCUUGAGAGAAGAGGACUGCUUAACGGAGCGGUGUGCAGAAGGUCACACAGGGCGCCAAUGCAUUGCUCUUCUUGGUGGAUUUAGUGGAGCUCCUUCCAGCUAUCAGUGUUUAAGCUGGCAGCUCUACGUGGCCAUUGGCAUUGUCCUGACUCUCCUAUACCUGGUGGUGUACACCUCCUUUGCCGUAUUCCUGGCAACAUCUGCAUCCAGUGCUUCACAGCCUUACUUGAUCAUGAUGAAGAUGCUGCUGAAUCACUGUGCAAGCAUGAGUGUGUUGAUGUCCUGUUUCUUCCGCAGCUUUGCACAAAGUGGAUUGAUGGAGCUGAUCAUCAGCUACCUGAUGAUUACAGAUGGCGCACCACCGUGUGAGAACGAACUCUUCUCCUUGCCCUGCCUACUGCAGCCGUGGCGCACAAAGGCAUUACAGGAUGCCUUUGCACAUUUGGCAAGUGUUCCACAGGUCGCCUACUAUUCCACUGCGCUGGCUCAAGCUCGUGCUGCUUUGGCGUCCUACCAGUACAAUACAGCAUUGCGCCUACUGCUUUUUUGGGCCUUGCUUCCGUUGGCGGCAGCGAUGCUUCCCUGUCUCCUGUUGUUGAUUUGGCUUCGUCUCUACAUGGCCAGACAUGCUCAGCACUGGCAGCCCAUCACCGACUUUGCCACGAAGAUCUACUUCUUUGGCUGGGACGCAACAAGCUUGUACGAGCCAGAGGUGUUGGAACGCUUUAUGGCCAUUUCACAGACGAGGCUUUGGGGUCUUUCUUGGCCCUUGAUGCACUCGGAAAACUGGACCAAAGCCGAGCCAAAGAUUCGAGGCUUGCUGGCAAGCAUUGGCUGCUGUUUGGUGAGCCCCUUGCUUUUCCUGCCGCGGCUCCUCAACCAUCUCGACCUUUUGCGUUUCUGGUCGGAGACAGAACCGUUGCGCAUGGUUAUGCUGUACUGCCUGUCCUUCCCUGCAGCACGGAGGGCUUCCCAAAGCCUAUACUGUCAGGAGCUGGGCCAGACGGGGCCGGACCAGGUAGUGCUCUACUAUAGUGGCGCCAUCGAGUGCAGCCCCUCGCAGAGUUUGCACUAUUUGGCCGCGCUUGGUGCACUGAUUUGGUCAUUGUGGCCAUUCUUGUGCUGGUGGCAGAUGUGCCGCAGCCGCAAGAAUGGUAUGGAAGAAGCAGCCUUCAGAAGGCGCUACGGCAUAAUGCUCUUGGGGUACAACAACUCAUGCUGGUGGUGGGAGGUGGUGGUUUUCUUGCGAAAGUUCUUCCUGAUCAUAGCAGAGGUGCUUCCUUUGUCACCACUACAGCGGUACUUCUUCAUUUCUUGCGUUGCACUCGCUGCGCUCAUUGGCCAAGUUACGGCGAAGCCAAGCGAUCAGCGCUUUGAGGACCUUUUGACCGGUUUGGAAAUGAAGCAGCUUUUGGUGCUAUUGAUCUCCUCCUCACUGUGCAUGAUGACGGCACAGGGCUGGUUGCAGCCCUUUGGGGUAGUUAUUGCGGUAGCAGUGUUGCACGUCCUCUACGUUGCAACUGUGGCCUUCUCCAUGGGGCUCAUCGGUUUAACUGCCGCCGAUGCGCAGACGUUCAAGCGCUGGGAACAGGGCACCCGAGGUUGCCUCAAACGCUUCACCAAGCUACUUGUGACCAUCAAGGACCGGCAAAGUGCGGGGCAGCCAUACGUCGCAUAUGACAACGCCCAUCGUUUUGUUUCGGUGCUGGGCAGUGCUGCUGGGCGAUGCCCAGUUCCACAUUUGCCCAUCGGCCGGCAACUGGGUGAGGCCGGAAGGGCCUCACAGUGGACAUCGCAUAUGCGGCAGGUGAGAUGCAAACUCUCAGAGGUGCCAAGGCAUUUGAAGGACUUCACCUGGGUCUCAUUGCAACAGCGAAGGGCUGUGGCAAGGGAGAUCCUCUUCACCGUGGCCUACAUUGCCAAAAGCUCUGCCGUGAUGAGCUCUUUACUGCUGGACUUUGUGGUGCGAGCAACUUUCCUGAUUGCGGCUGAACAGAGCAGGGAUGCUCAAGAUGAUGACCCACAGGAGGUUGAUAAGCACGCUUGGCAGGAAGCGAAUCGAAGACGCGAUUUGCUCGUGAUAGCAAAGCUGGCAGAGGAGGCGCGUUUGCGAGCUGCGGUGCUUGGGCAGGUGGUGCCUGGAGGCCCAGCUUUGCAAGAGGAGCUGCGCAGUGAGAAGGACGCCGUCAUCAGCUGGGGACACUGGGAUCUUUGCCACGCAGUCCAGCAGCGUUUGCUUAAGGAAGACCGCUCUCUUGAGCCUGAGGACUUCGUGCAUUUGGAGGAAUCGCAAACAAUGGCAUUUGAAGGUGAGCAUGUUCCGACCACACCCACGGCCAAGCAGCUACAGCUACCGAGUGCAGCGGAGAGCGCACGAGCGCUUCCACAUCAUGAAGGACAGGAAAGAGUGCAACAAAAGGUUUACAAGAUGUUCUCCCCCACGAUCUUCCGAAGGGGCUGUACGUUUCAAGAGCUCAAAGAGGCGCUUGUGGUUUUACGCAGCACCCCCUGGGAAGAGCUGCAGUUGUGGUUGGAAUUCUUCGAGCGCGUGUGGUUCCGGGAGUUUCUUGAUAACGACAAGGAAAUACAUCUCAUGGCGGGUACCCACCUGGAGACAGGAGUCGGAGCUACAGCCUCAGAGAUCCUCCAAAGCACCAGCAGGCGCCUUCACGUGAAGCAGCUGGAGCUGGACGAGGUGAACAUCAAGGUUUGCCUCAAAUGGGUGCGCUUUGUCUUGUACUACUACUGCGGUGGCAUCCAGGCCAUGAGCCUUGGCGAUGUCAUGCGGGUCCGGCUUUCCAGGCCCUCGCAGUACCUCAUCAAGGCUGAGAUGGCGGCUUUGGAGAUCACGGAUUCCGAGGAGGGUCACGAGGAGCAGGACUUGGAGCUUCAUCAGUCACUGGAGGUGAUACACCGGACCGUUGAUGAAGACGCACUCAUGCGUGUGGAGCAAGGCCUUGACCUGGCCCUUGCGCGGGGUCUUUCUUUGGAGCCUACUGACCUUGCACUGGAACGUCUUGAGCGAGGAAUUGACUUCGUCCUUGCCAGUGACGAUCCUGAUUGCAUUGGGUUGUAG